AUGUUAUAUGUCCUACCCGUUUCAACAUCCACCCCAGAAAGAACAUUUUCAACAUUAAAGAGGGUGAAGACAUACACAAGAAACUCAAUGCUUGAAGAACGUUUGAAUGGAUUAACGCUAUUGGCAGUUCAUAAAGAUAAUAUAAUCGUUACUCCAGAUGAAGUCUUAGAUGAAAUGGCUAAGAAACCAAGAAAACUUGAAUUUGUAAUUUAG